CGCGCCAGAGUACGCCCUACGCUUGGUCGCCAUGAAUGCGCCUCAAUACUUAUGUGUCCUACAAACUUCCCACUUUUGCGAGGGACGACGUCAAGAUGCAGGUAUCAACAGUGGCCAAUUUACGGUGGGAGCUCGUCGCGUUCCUGGUGUACAUCUACCAAUCGCUCGGCGUUCUCGUACGAGCGGCGCACGGUGAGAAAGCAUGCGGUGUACUCGCCGUCUUGGUAUGGUUGUUGAACACCAUGAACCUGCUCUCCAUCUUCGAGAGCCCGGGACCCCUAGACGACGCGUGGAAAGCGUUGCUGCAGCCGUACCACCGCAUAAUGUUUAACUACUUAUUGCCUGUUCUGUUCUGUAUAUAUCAUAACGUGCGGCUGCUCACUUUCCCCAACGACCCGACCAUCCCCGACUGA